CAACACCUCGCACAUGUAUUGUACUACUUAAGAUUGACACUAUGGGUCAGGGUACCUCCUCUGAAGCUCCGCAUCUAACACUAGGUACUUCUCCAACAUCCAAAGCUCUCCAAUUCCCAGUACUUUCUCUCGACUUGUAGUCGUUACUAACAAUGGCGUGUCUGCCUUGAUUAGAGCAGCUCAAUCAUAACCUCGCACAUCGUUUCGCACAAAAGUGCUACACGCCCCUCGAACUAUACUGCUUCAACUCUGUCUUCCGGUCGCUAGCAGACUCAGAAUCCGGUGUCAAGUACUGGAGCGAAGCUACGCUAUGUCGCUUUCUAGAACUACCAGAUUCCUUAGCCGUCGGCUCCGUGCUGUUCAGCAUGGCUAGCUUUCUCGGUGCCUUUCCGUUCCCAAGCCAAGCUCCCGCCAUUCUCACGUAUGAGGCCUUGCUGAAGGUCGUCACUAUAUUGACGGAACGAUAUGGAGUGGUUCUGAAGAAGAGGAAACGAGAUGUGUGGCUACGGGAGCUGUACAGGAGUAUGGCUGUAUAUGAUCGCGGUAUACGUAAAGAGACGGAGAAUGAAGAAGGAAAGGGUACCGAUGAUAAAGGCGCAGAGAGUCAUACUGGGAAUCAAGGGUUUGCCAUCGAUGCACCUGGCGAGGACGAGGACGAGGAUGAAGGAAACGACGAUGAUGAGCUAGUUCUGGCCGCACUGGACUCGAUGGAUGCGAUUGAUGUAUUCAAACAAGGCGAGCAGACUAACGUGCAUCAUUCCAUCAUUCCGACCGACAAUUUCUUGAAGCUCAUAGAAUUGUUGCUCCUUAUUGCUCCCAUUGACCCCCAAGAAAGCCUCUCCACCUUUGCCGCAGACCUAUCCGAGGAACGCGUCGAAAGACUACGACAGGUUGGUAAUGCAGUCCUGUCGUCAUUCGGCGUGGAGCAUAGUCAUGGUAUCACCUUUCGCACAUUCAACACCGUCAUAUCCACUUGCCUCCCCUAUACUUUCGAUGGCCUGCGCCCAUUAUUCGAACAUUUCCUGUUCGCGAAAGACUUCGACUUAGCAAAGAAAAAGAACAAGGAUGGUGCAGAGUCUCCCACACUCGAAACCCACCCUGUGAUACCACCACCUAAGCCUGUUACCGACCCUGAACCUAUCCUACGCAGUGGAGGAGACAUCCUCGAUCUACCCAUGCUAAGCCAACUGUCUUUUUUCAUCAAAGGCAGUAACCUCUUCCGUCGUCUACGUCCACUAUACAGCGGCAACACCCACGGCUUCAGCAUGGGCUCCUUCGAAAAGCAGUGCUUCCACUGGAGAGCACCCUCAAUCCUACUCGUACAAGGCAGACUUCUCCCAUCCGAACCCAGUAACACACGAGAACGCACCCUAUCCGACAUGCUACCCCCGAAACGCCUCCCCAACAGCGUAGCCGACGCCGAAGCCGCCGAAACAACAAUGACAUUUGGAGCCUACAUCCCGGCACCCUGGAAACACACCCACAAAGCCUGUUUCGGCGACUCAGAGACGCUACUCUUCCAGCUCUCCCCCAUGCAUGACGUCUUCUCCGCAUCUACGUACAGCACAGAUUACGUCUACUUCAACAAGUCUCCCACGCAGCCCGCAGGCGUGGGCCUGGGCACCGCGGUCCCGCAUCAGUCGUCCGCGCACAGCUAUCAUUCCAACACGCGAUUCCGGCCUGGGGCUGUCUCGCUGCACCUCGAUGACGCGCUUGAGUACGGCAUCUUUACGCAUAGGUCCGAGGGAGGAGGAUCAUUCCAUCCGUCGAGUCUGCCGUGUAGAAGAGGGAAAGACUGGCAGGAUCGCUUCGAGAUUGACAGCCUUGAAGUGUGGGGUUGCGGCGGAGAUGAAGUUGCGGAGCAGCAGCGGAAAGAAUGGGCAUUCCAAGAACGAGAGGCAGAGGCACGGCGGAAGAUCAACCUGGGCACUGGAGACAUCGAUGCAGAUCGCGAACUGUUGAGGAUGGCAGGGCUGAUCGGGGGCGAUAGGAGCGGUGGUAGCAUAUAAGUUAAUGGUCGUGUCUAGGCUGGAGUUCUGGCGCUUUUCGAAGUUAUUUUUACAGCAUUGUCGGCGAUGCAAUUCCACUCAAGCAGUAAUAGUUCAUGAAAAAUAGACAUACGCCAGGCAAUCAAAAGGCCUCUCUUUUCUCUCUUCGGAGCAAUUGGAACCUGGCGUUCGCUCUAGGGACCAAUUGAUACCAGUCAUAAAGCUGCACCUGUCAUAGAAUGGUUCAUGAGAUUUCUUCGCGCCUCCAUACGCCUAUAAUCAUGCCUGAACGUCCUUCAGCAUCGAAGAGCGGUAUAAUACAAUAUCUUCCCUCUUCCCCGCCUCCGUAUCUUUACAACCCUAUUUUAUUUCCUCCCAUUCCUUCCUUUCUUCGUCUCUUC